UCCCAAGUUUUAAGAGUUUAGCCCCAAUACUCUAUUCUUAAUUACACACUAAUUUCAGUGAUCAUUCAUUAAUCCCGUCAUAAAUGGAAGGAACAAAUGCACCACUUCAAGCACCAACUUAUGGAAACCUAGUCACCAUCCUCAGCAUCGAUGGGGGUGGAAUUAGAGGCAUUAUCCCUGGAACUAUACUUAGUUUCCUAGAAUCUGAACUUCAGAAACUAGAUGGCGAGGAUGCAAGAAUUGCAGACUAUUUUGAUGUGAUAUCAGGAACAAGCACAGGUGGUCUGGUUACGGCCAUGCUUGCUUGCCCUAAUGAGAAGAACCGUCCAAUGUUUGCUGCAAAAGAUAUCAAAGACUUCUACCUCAAUGAAUGCCCUAUAAUCUUUCCUCAACGCAAUUUCAAGUUAUUUCGCAGUGCAUUUAAGAUGAUCAAAGCUUUAUCAGGACCAAAGUACGAUGGAAAAUAUCUGCAUCGUCUUGUUAAGGAAAAAUUAGGACACACCAAAUUGAAUCAGACAUUAACUAAUGUUGUCAUCCCAACAUAUGAUAUCACAAAACUACAGCCUACCAUCUUUUCCAGCUUUCAGGUUAAGAAAAAUCCAUCAUUGAAUGCUCUACUCUCAGACAUAUGUAUUUCCACGUCAGCUGCACCAACUUAUCUUCCAGCUCAUUUCUUUGAAACCACAGAAGAAAAGACAGGGACGGUGACAAAAUAUAACCUUAUAGAUGGUGGUGUUGCUGCAAAUAAUCCGACAUUGGUUGCAAUAGGAGAAGUGACAAACGCAAUCAUAAAGGGGAAUAAAGAUUUUUUUCCAAUAAAGCCAAUGGACUAUGGUAGAUUUCUAGUGAUAUCGCUGGGAACUGGAUCGCCAGAAGCUGAAGAAAAAUGCAAUGCUCAUGAGGUUGCAAAAUGGGGUGUGUUGGGUUGGUUAACAGCAAAGGGCUGCACGCCUUUAGUGGAUGUGUUCACUCAUGCAAGUGCUGAUAUGGUGGAUUUGCAUCUCUCUUCUCUAUUUAAAGCUCUGCACUCGCAAAAUAACUACCUCAGGAUUCAGGAUUCCACAUUAAAUAAAAAAACUGCUUCAGUAGAUGUGGCCACAAAAGAGAACUUGGAUGAUCUUGUGAAAGUUGGCGAAGCAUUGUUAAAGAAAGCAGUUUCUAGGGAGAUUUUUGACUUCGGAACCUUCGAGCCUUGUAAGAAAGAGACUAACGAAGAGGCUCUUUCAAGAUUCGCCAAACUGCUCUCUCAAGAGAGACGCCUUCGAGAAGUUCAGUCACCCCAUCCAAUAGCUGCAAAUUCAGAGUUAUGAUAACGUACAGAGAUUC